UGCCGUGCCGCCGCCAUGGCGGAGCCGUGCGCGGGGCUCCUGAGCAGCGGGAGCGAGCGGCGGUGCCGGGCGCGGCUGGCGGCGGCGGCGGCGGGGCGGCGGGGGGCGGCGGCGGCGGCGGCGGCGGUGCUGGUGCCGCUGUGCUCGGUGCGCGGCCGCCCCGCGCUGCUCUUCACGUUACGUUCCCGCCGCCUGGGCGGUCCCCACAGCGGUGACGUCAGUUUUCCCGGGGGGCGGCGGGACCCGGCGGACGGCGACGCGGUGGCAACGGCUUUACGGGAGACGCGGGAGGAGCUGGGGCUGGAGCUGGGAACCCCGAGCGUCUGGGGGCAGCUGCGGCUGCUGCCCGACCGGCAGGGACAGAUGGUGGCUCCCGUCGUGGCCAACCUGGGGGUCCUGGAGGACUUGACGCUGACCCCCAACCCCGACGAGGUGGGUGACCCUGCGCCGGUCGCGUCCCCCGCUCGGGGCGAGCACCCCCAUUCCCCGGCUCCCGCCCCCCCCCCCUGCUCGCCGCCUGUGCCGUCAGGUGGAAGAGAUCUUCACCCUGCCGCUGGCUCACCUCCUGCGGGAGGAGAACCAAGGCUACACGCACUUCCGCGCCGCCGGCCGCUACAGCUACACCCUGCCCGUCUUCCUCAACGGCCCCCACAAGGUCUGGGGGCUCACGGCCAUCAUCACCGAGCUGACCCUGGAGCUGCUGGCACCCGACCGCUACCGUCGGAAGACCCACGUGUUGGCCCGCAGCCCCUCGGGCCGGCCCCCCGAGGGGAGCUCGGCCUGACGCCGGAGGGGAUAGGGUCACCCCCUGGGUGCCAGGGUGGUGAUUUUGGGGGGGGGGGGUGGGGGCGGAAACGGAGUGAGGGGGUUGCGUGUACAGGCGGAGCUCUCCCUGUGCCUCGGUUGUGCGGCUUCUUUCAUCCACACACGGGGAUGGGCGGGAGGUGGCUGCCGUGGGGAAAUGGCAACACCCCUCCCCACCCCAACACUCCAUCGGUGCUACCACCCACCGCGCUCCCCGCGGCUGAUAUCACACACUGUGAUGUAGUAAAAAGCCAUGUUUGGAACAGCUUGCGCCACGGCCUGUAAGUCAGGGAGCGCGGCUGGCCCUCGGUGCCAGCACCACGGGGGGGUCGGGGGGGGGGGGGACGACGGGACGACAGCUGUCCCCCUGGCACUAGUACAGGCAGGAGCUGCCCUGGUGCCACCGCGGUGGUGGCAGGGAGGGCAGCGUCCCCAAGGAGGGACACGUGGCUGUGUAAAUACCCCGGCUGCUUGGUGCUGCCCCACAACCAUCGACUUUCCC